AUGGCGAAAAAACAACUAGAUUUCAACGCGCCACUUUUAUCUGUAAGGAGAUUUUCCUCACCAACACGCGCUUCUGAGCCUAAGGGAGAAAAAGAGGGUCCGAUUCACCCUCCAGAGGAACCUUCAAAUACACCAAGGCUUCCUCCGGGAAGGGUAUCAGGUGUCAUCAGAUAUAAUUCAGGUGAAAGUCCAAAGCUCCUUUCUGGGAGAGUAUCUGGUUUCCCGAGAUACAAUUCAGGGGAAAGAUCGAAUGAUCUGAAUGUUAACAGGACCCAAAUUGAAGCAUUUCCGUUCAACGAUCAUGCUAGUCUGAUCGAGAAAUUGCAUGAGAGUCUAAAUUCUAGAGAUGAUUCCGAUACUGAAAGUGGAGACUAUGCAUAUUCUGACGCACAUGAUAAGUUGUCACUAACAGAAUCUUGGUCCUUGAACUACAGUGUAAGUGGACUGAGUGGAUAUCAGGGUUCGGGAGUAAAACCAUCAGGAACAUUCUCUGUAGACGUGCAAACUAAAGAUUUUAUGAUGAGCAGAUUCUUACCGGCAGCCAAGGCUGUUGUGUUGGAGACACCCCAAUAUGUUGUGAAGAAGCAAACGGCAGUCGUUGAACACCCAAAGCCAGUUAAAAAGGUCGUCUCUGGGGAACGGAAGCCUUUACUUGAGCAAUAUGGUUCUAACAUUAGGUCACAUUACAUUCAGUAUACGGAGAAUGUGGAAAGUGUAGAUGAUGAUUCGGAAAUUACUGUUCCAGUUAAAAAAUCAGGAAAAAUCUGGGGGAUACUCCCUCGGUUUUGUGUGAAGAAUUCUUUACGCCUUUUAAGUCCAUUGCCUGGAAUGAAAUCAAAAAACCAUGCUCCAACGUCUCCAGCAGGUGAUGUUAGGAGACUGACCAGAAAUGGGCACAGUGGACCUGUUGACAAGAAUGUGUAUCAUGCAAUUUAUAAGAAAAAAUUUCAUUCCGGAGUACUAUCUCGGGACAUGCUAGAAAUUGGAAACAAGCUAUGGAGUGAUUCCAAUCAGUUUUCUUACUCCAGUGACUCUUUUAAACCUGCGGUGUCUUCCUUAAGGCAGUGCAGAAGUGGUCCCAUAUCUCCCUACCGAAAUGAAGCACCAAAGUCUCCAUUUCAUGAAGGUGCAAGGUUUCUUGGUGUACCUAAAGAAAUUGAGAAUCAUAAUGUAAAUAAGAUUGCUUCAUCACGCAAAAUGUGGAAGCCCAUGCGAGAUGUAUCUAGAAAUCAAAUACAUAAACAGGGAUCAGGUUCUCCAGUUGUUGCCGUUGAGAAGACAUUGUAUGUGGAUGGUCCAACUAAUACAGAUUGUUCAAAAGAUGAGAAAAUUGUUGAUUUCUCUUGUAAGAAUUUGAAGUCCAUGGAUGAAAGCAGACAAACUGAAGAAACUGAAGCAGUUAAAUCUUUUGAUCAAGAGAUAUCGUCCCUGAAUGUUUCUGUGGGAGGGAAGAGCCUGGUCCCAAAAUUGCUCAAAAGUCACCCCAUUUCUCCCUACCAAAAUGAAACAUCGAAAUCUUACUUUCAUGGACGCAAUGCUAAUAAGAUUGCUUCAUCUCGUAAGUUGUGCAAUGCCUUGCAAGACGUAUCAAGGAAUCACAAGCAAAGAAAAGUAUCGUGUUCUCCAGGUGAUUUUGUUGAAAAAACUUUGUAUAUAGAUGCUGUGACUAUAAAAGAUAGUUCAAAAGAAGAUAAGAUUUUUGAUUUCUCUGAUAAGAAUCUGAAGUCGUCGAAUGACAGUAGACGAACUGAAGAAAAUGGUCCUGUUAAAUCUUCUGAUAUGGACGAAUCUUCCCUGGAUAUUUUAGUGGAAGGGAAAAGCCGGAGUCCUAAAUUGUCUGGAAUAACUGAUAUGGUUCUACCAAAUCUAAGUUUUGAUCGAGAAUGCUCAUUAGUUGAUUGUUCAAAAGUGGAUUCUGAUGCAAACUCUGGUGUGAAUAAUAAACAAAACGUAGAACAAGACAAUCAGAGAGAUUUUGAUUCUCCAUCCCUGAAGUCGCCUUUAACCCCACCUUUACCAAAGUCACCCUCUGAAUCUUGGCUUUGGCGAACCAUGCCUUCUAUUUCUUUGCCAAAUCCAUUUUCACAUCCAGCCAAUAUCACCCCAAGAAACAGGCUCAAACGGAUCAGGUCCGCUGUUCAGAGGAGCUUAUUCCCCAUGUUACUCAUCUGCGCAACAAAACAUAGAAGUGGACAAGUCCCUGCCAGCUACAAAUUGGAGCUGCUGAGGUCUUUUUACUGGAGCAGCUUUUCAGAGAUUCUGAAGAAGCAUUCAGGUGAUGGUGGUGUGAUGUAUCAUUUUAGUGUCUUAAUUUGGUGUAUGAGAAAACGAGGGAUACUUUACUUUGAGGGAAUCUUCGAGUUGUGGGACGAAGAAGAGCAAAAGAUUAAGCUGCAGGCGUGGACGCGACAGUGGUGCCCGUGA